UGAAAAUUAACGAAUGUCAAUGGCGAUAAAGGUUACAGCACUUUAUUGAAGGCAACUGUGAAUUAAAUAAUGUAUUCUAUUUUACAACAGCGGAAAAUAUUUCGAGGUCUACUGCUUAUAAUUCCUUUUGUGUGCAUUGCAGCCUAUUCCGAUAUGGGAAAAAAUUCAUCCCCUCAAAACCUUUUUACAAAUGGAAGAUCACAAUUUAUAACAAAAAACAACUCACGGGUUGUGGUUCAAAAGGGUGGAUUAGCUAUUCUACCGUGCGUGGUAAAAUUAAAUUCAGCAGCCACAGUGUCGUGGAUAAGAAGAAAGGAUUUUCAGCUUCUUACUGUUGGCUUGUCUACACACAGUAGCGACAAGCGUUUUUUGGUGGAGCAUACACGGCAUAUGGGACAUUGGUCACUUCGAAUAAAAUCUGUCCGAGAAGAAGAUCGCGGCUUAUAUGAAUGUCAGUUAUCUGUAUACCCGACUCAGUCAAUUUUCAUAGAAUUGAAGGUUGUAGAAGCAGAAGCAGAAAUUGCGGGAUCUCCCGACAUACACAUUGAUGAAGGAUCAACGUUAAGGUUGGAAUGCAAAUUGAAAAAGGCUACAGAAAUUCCAGAAUUUGUAUUUUGGUAUCAUGACGAUAAAAUGGUAAAUUACGAUACCCAAAAUGGUUUCUUUGUAAAAUCGAAUUUACAUAAAGAUCCAAUAAUUACGGAGAGUCAUCUGGUAAAGCCUGACGAAGCAGCACUUUUUAAAUCUAAUAACAAAAGCGGAUAUUCAUAUAAGAUUGGUCAAUCAUUUGGGUUUUCCUUGCCAGCCUCGAUAAGUAUAUUAACAAUCUUGAAGGUUCGCUUUCAUCACGCGGGGAAUUACACGUGUGCCCCUUCAAAUGCACGAUCAGCAAGUACAUCGGUCCAUGUUCUCCAAGAUGAAAAACCUGCCGCAAUGCAACACUUCAACAGAACAAUUUGGGAUGGCGAUUUAAAUAACAACAGUUUAAGUACAACUGGAACAACAACAUCAAAUAAUUCCUCACAUUCUAUUUUAUGCAUAUUUUACCUCAAAACUAUCUUAUUUUAUACUUAUGCGACAAGCAUUGGGAAUUUGUUGUUCACUUUACUCAAAAAUCACCAUAUGCAAACUAUAAAUAGAUGA